AUGCAGGGCUUCAACAUGGGCCGGUAUGUCCCUCCGGACCUGGAGGGCACGACAAGCGGGAACAAGAUCCACAACAAGCGGGUGUCGUCAACGCCGACGGUACGCUUCGAGAUGCCCUUUGCCGUCUGGUGCGACUCGUGCCCCAAGCCCACAAUCAUCGGUCAGGGCGUGCGCUUCAACGCCGAGAAGCGGCGGACGGGUGCCUACUACUCGACGCCCAUCUGGACCUUUCGCAUUCGCCACGCCGAUUGCGGCGGCACGCUCGAGAUCCGGACCGAUCCGCAGAAUACGGCCUACGUUGUGGUCGAGGGCGGCCGCAAGCGCGACACUGGUGACGACCGACCGCGUGACGGGGACCUCGUGCUCGCCUCCGACGCCGAGCGGGAGGCGUUGCGCAAGAACGCCUUUGCCCAUCUCGAGAAGACGAUCGAGGACCGCGAGCAGCUGCGGCAAGCGACGGAGCGCAUCGAUGACCUGUGGGAGGCUUCUGCGCGCCACUGGGAUGACCCAUACGCCCGCAACCAGCGCUUGCGGAAGGCGUUUCGUGUCGAGCGCAAGGGACGGGAGCGGGAUGCGCUGGAGACGGCAAGUCUUCGAGACAAGAUGAGUUUGGCCAUCGAUUUGCUCCCCGCUUCGGAGGAAGAUGCGAGGCGGGCUGCACUCGUGAGCUUUGGGCCGCAGGACGAGUCCAUAGACGACACGCUAGCGAAGCCGCUCUUCGGCACGUCGCCACCCAGGCCUCUCACGGGAACGCAGCAGGGCAUGCUCAAAGGCCAAAGGCAGGCGUUGAGGAGAAAAGAGAGUCUUGCCUCUGAGCUGCUCAAGAAUACUCGCGCGGCCCAGGACCCGUUCCUGCAUACGACGCGGGAUACCAAACCGACCCCGAGGCUACCUGUCAAGAGGAAGCGUGCGCCUGACAAAGAUGGCUCCCAAACCGAGGCCGUCGCGCAGGAGAUGACAUCAACGUCGACCAGCGGGCUGGUCGAGUAUGAUUCAGAAUGA